GCAUUUCAUGAUCAACCCUUUGCAUUUGAUACGUUUAGCCCGCAGACAUUAACGUGUCAAUGGUUUCGGAUUGUAGGAGCUUGCAGUGGGACCCUGAAGGCAACGUUGUCCCCUGUUUUGCACUCGCCACAUUCCGCCUGUUGUGUUUUUCCACUGAGUGAGUAAUGAGGUGACAUUAUGGGAUGUGAUGUGAGUAAGUGAUGUGAAUCACUUAACGGAAGACACAGAUUUAGAGCUUAGUGCAACUUUCUUUUCAUUUCUUUGUACAAACAACUAUCAUGUCAAUGAAUAGAAAAUAACCACAACACCCAAAUUAUAGUCUACAUGGCCUUAUGAGAAUCGGGCCUCUUGGGAGGAAUAUAAAUGUUGAAACACAACACCCCGCAUUAUGCAAAGAUACCUGAAUUGCACAGAAAAAUGAGAGAACGACAUGCAUUUACACAACCAUAACAAAUGUACUUUUGGGUCAUGAUAAUUUUCUCAACUUGAGAGAAUUCAUCUUUUUUCAAAGGAAACAUAAAAGAUGUCGUGCUGAUUUUGUAACUUCCCGGUUGCAUAAGGAGAAAACAAUACUGAAAAAUACAACAUACAACAACCCCCUUAAGGUGAGAACACUGUUAAGAACAUAAUGUGAUUCCGUCAUUUUGUUGUAACUAUCAUUAUAACCCAUGGUGUGCUUGUCACCGUGACUUGUUCCCGAUUGAUGACAACAAACUAUUUACAGGAUGUUGGUUGAUAAGUGAAGUUUAUAAAAUGCAAAAAAACACCAAUUAAGCUCAGGGAGCCCUGAUCCUUAAUUUGGUCUGUUAAGACUCUCUUUGUAUUCUGGUGUAAUAACGUGAACACGAAUUCAUGUAGCGUUUAAACCUUUUUCCUGAAUCCCAUGUCCGUGGUUGGAAUGUCAUGAAGACACUGCCCAUAGAGGUGCUGUUUGUGUCACAGAGCUCUAGAGGGAGACAUCUACACAUAGGCUCAAAGAAAUAAUCAGGCCUAAUAUUUAAGAUUUUAUUUUCAUAUCAUAUUUCUGUCAAUUUGGAUUACAUAGUUUUAAUUGCUGUGUGGCAUUGUUGAAACUUUUACAGCAAUACAGCAUCUCAAUGCUGCCUUAGGACACUUCCUAUAUACUGGUUGUCAAGGUGCUCUGUAUUACUUCCCUAUGUUCCGUGGCUAUUGAUGACGCUGAUUACAGUACAGCCGCCUCCAAACCCAACGGCCCUUAUUUUAUCUUAUGAAUUCGGAGUUGGGCUCUGGCGGAAAGUGUUUUGUUAUUAGCAAGUAUGAAAACUAAGUAAUUCAAAUGAACAAAACUGUCAAAUGUCUAUAAGUUAAUGGACAGGGAGACUGAUUGAUUCCCUAAAUGACAGAUGAUGCGUGUACCCAAACACAACGGCGGCUAUAGGAUCGAUCACCAAAAUGGGGAAAGAGAGAGAACACUAGUAAAUUGUUCAUUCCUCUCUGUGGGAAGGAGGCAGGGGAAAGAGGUUUGAUCCCAACCAACUAGGGGCGUGAAGAAGGUCAGCGAUUCAAUCCCUGCUAACAGGAAGGUAAAACCAGGAACUUUAACCCCAAGGUCAGGGAGUUAAGGAAUGACAAAAAAGCCGUUAAGAGUAAUAGUAACCUUUGAUCUCUACAGUAACUUAGUAGUUACACUUCUCUAAUGGUUCAGCUGUAUGAAUGUCCGUCUACCGUCGGUAAUAUGAGUUUUCUUUGUGAGACAGUGAAGAACUAAAUUCAUUAGGCAUAUUUCGUAUUUCAGAUGCACAAUGAAAAUAAAAAAGGUGCAUUGUCUGCAUUUAAUUUGUCCGCAGAAUUAUUCUUUUUUUUUUACAUUUUAAAUCAGCCAAGCCAUGUGAAUGGAAUCAGUCAGCCACCAUUUACCAUAUACCAUAUACAUUACAACCUUUAAAUGCACUGUAAUAUUUAGUUAUUGAAUGAGAAAGUGAAGGAUGUCACACACCAAUGGCACAUAGAGAUACUUGUGUGGUUGUAUGUUAAAUAAUAGAAGUGUCAACAAACAAAAAAAUAACAUUGUCAACCGAAAACAUCCAGAGGAAAGAGGAGCGCCGUACGUGAGAUCAUUCGCCUUCUUGUUCAUAUUCUCUGGUGCAACCGUCAAGAUCACAUCUUCCACCUGUAUUUUUUUUCUCAAUGACAGUGUGCAGCUCUGUGUGUGACAGGUUGGAAGUUUGACUGGCUACAAGACAGUUAAAUAUUGGUUCUUCUCCUGAUCAAACUGAGACUUCUUACAGUUGCUGUGUGCAUGUCUUCUACGCAGUGUGUGUGUGUGUGUGUAUGUGUGCGAGUGUGUUCUUGUUUAAAGGGCAGAGUUCGGGUGACCGUUCAGGAUAAAUUCAAUCCCUAAAGCCACACUGGCUGGCAGCAUGCACUGCAAAGAUGACUCACAUAAAGGCAAAUGUAGGGUUGUUUGACAUUUAGGUGAAUUUCCUGUAAUACCGUUUCUGGUGUGACGGUGAACAUAAAUGCAUCCGUUGGUUUGUUUCAUUUCAAUAAACCAAUAUGUUGGAUUAUGAUAAAGAACAUAGCAUUAGUUGAAAUUACAUUGACAAUUAAAAAUAAAUGAAUUGAAAGCAACCUUUCACGAGCAACCUUAGAUAGAUCAUCCAAAGUCAAAGAGCAGUUCUGAGUGGAAGAGUCCUGCCGUCACGGAGCUAUUCGCUGAGCAUGUCGGGAUCCUGUUUCACCGGGGCAGACGCUUAUUUCUGUUUCCCUCGAAAUCUCUUCCAGAGAUUCUAGGAAAAAAAAAAGUUCUUGGAAUGCAGGGUGAGUGCAUAUCAGCAGCGUGUAAUUCAUUCUGCAGUAAACAAUUUGCUACAUCAAGCCACAUGCUUUCUGUGACACAUCAAAUGCUGCUGCGCACAAGUAAGUGUGUGUGUGUGUCUGAGGAAGAAGGGAGAUCCAGUUGCAGGAAGGCACAUUCAUGACGUCCUAAAGCAGGUCAGUUCAGCACCAGUAAGCAAUCAGCCGACAAGCAAGUCCUGACCAACGAAUCCUUGAAAACCAUGAGAAAAGUUUUUGAGAUUUAUUAGAAUGACCAUAGAGAUUAACAUUGGAGCAUUUUUACUUUAAUAAAGCUGCCGAUGAGGUGAAAAAUGCUUUUAGGGUUUGUGACUCCAAUGAAGGAGUAGAACCAUCUCAAGGAGGAUCAGAAGAAGUGGACAGCAUAUCACAUCAGAAGCCGCAGACCAGGACUUUGGUCCAAUCAGAAGCAGGAUGUCAUGUUGGUUAAAAACAUGAUGGACUAUACCGCCCAAUUGCUCUGUUCACAGACGGCGCCAUGGAUCAUGUGCUGGACAUUGCCGACAGUUAUGUCUUCACUCCGUAUGUUUAUCCGGCCUCGUGGCCCGAGCACGGCGCUCUGCGGCAGAUCCUCAGCCUGUGGCUGGUGACCAACCUGGGAGCAGUGCUGAUCUACCUGGGCUUGGGGGCUCUUAGCUUCUACUACGUGUUUGACCAUAAGCUCAUGAAACAUCCACAGUUUAUCAAGAUCCAAACUUUGUGCGUCAUCUGUCAACAGAACCAGGUAAGGAAAGAGAUUGAACUCUCAACGACCUCCAUCUUCUGGAUGAGCUUCCCCACUGUAGCCCUUUUCUUCCUCGAGAUCCAUGGACACAGCAAACUUUAUGACAACAUUGGCGAAUCUUCUCUGGGCUGGCCUGGGUUGUUCCUGAGCAUUGCUGGUUUCUUGUUCUUUACCGACAUGUGUAUCUACUGGAUACACCGCUCCAUGCACCACAGGGACAUCUACAAGCACCUCCACAAGCAGCACCAUAUAUUCAAGAUCCCUACACCUUUUGCCAGCCAUGCCUUCCACCCAGUGGACGGCUUCCUGCAGAGCUUACCCUAUCACGUCUACGCCUUCAUCUUCCCCCUGCACAAGGGGGUCUACCUCUCGCUCUUUGUCUUCGUCAAUAUCUGGACCAUUUCCAUACACGAUGGAGACUACCGCAUCCCCGGCCCCCUGAUAUGUCUGAUCAACGGUGCCGCUCACCACGUAGACCAUCACCUCUUCUUCAACUACAACUACGGACAAUACUUCACGCUCUGGGAUCGUCUGGGGGGCUCCUACCGGCACCCGUCGGCCCUGUUGGGGAAGGGGCCGCACGACCACGUUCGCAAGCUCAUGGCAGAGGCUGCACGCACUCAGUGAUGACGGAGCCACAGGGAUUUAACGUCCACUCAGAGUCUCCGACAGAGAUACCUCAGCCUUGGUAGUGAUGUAAGACACACCAGCAACUAGCAAUUGUAAGCAGAGAUCUUCCAAAAGGUUUUGGAGGCAAUAAUAUUUUCCUCAAAUACGUUUUGCAUUGAAUGGACAAAUGAACUGAUUAGAGGUGAGUAAGCUGGAAAAUAAGAUUGUACCACAGUGCCAAACUAAAAUGGACGUAUAUGCUUUUCCUUCACUACUUUGGCUGAAAAAGAGAUUAUAUGACUUUCAAUGGGUCUUAGAAAACAUUAAGAAAAGUUUAUUUUUAGAUUAUGGUCUGUGAAUACUUAUAUAUCAUUGUCAUAUAUUUACAGAACAGAACAGCAAACAUGAUGCUCUGAUUUAGAACAACCAAUUUAUAAAAUGAAGCCAAUGUUUUUAUGAUGGAAGUGAUGGAAAGCUAACGCACGUAUUGGUAAUAAAUAUUUGUAUUUAUCUUU